AUGAGUGAAAUGGGUCUUCUAGAAAGAUUAUUAAUUAAAGUUUAAUACUUUUUGAUUUCGACGAACUCAAGACGGAAAUAAAUCUAACGAAACAGAACAUUUUAGAUGCUACAGUUUUGUUUAUCUGUUCAACAUGUUGACCGGGGAUUCAAUUCGAAUUCUCUUACAGGAACUUUAGUGCUUUCGUUCUGCGCGUUUUAAUCACUGGGUUCACUUCACCUUUUAGCGCCUGUUGUUGGUUUUCCUGUGUUUUAACCAAAUAGCAUCAUGGCAUCCUACUUCGAGGAGCACGAUUGUGAGCCCACCAACCCUGAAGAACAGUACCGCCAGAACGCUCUACUUGAGCUGGCAAGGUCUCUCAUGCAGGGUUUGGACUUGAUGGACUCGGGGGACUCAUCAGACUGGAACCAGCGUCUACCUCCUCCUGCUGCAAAAGUAGCUGUGCAGACGCUCAAUGUGGUGGUUAUUUCCCCUGAACAAGCAGACAAAGGCCUGAAGUGUCCUGUUUGUUUACUGGAGUUUGAAGAGGAGGAGACGGUUCGAGAAAUGCCUUGCAAACAUCUUUUCCACUCUGGAUGUAUACUGCCCUGGCUGGGCAAGACAAACUCCUGCCCGCUGUGUCGACUUGAACUACCAACCGAUAAUGCAGACUACGAGGAGUUUAAGAAAGACAAGGAGAGAAGAAAACAGAGGGAGCACAGACUGGUGGACCUCCAUGGAGCAAUGUACACAUGACAGUGACCUAUCAACAUUACUUGAUAUUCAGGACGUUUUUAAGCAUCAGAGUCAAAGUACACACAUUCUAGCCUUCAAUAUGCAGCAUUGACUCAGUAUUGUUUAUACAAUUUCCUCUAAAGUAUAUAAUUUAUUAUAUAAUGAUGUGACUUUUGUUUUUAUCAGUUGUCCUAGUUUCAUUCCAUACAUGUUAUUUGAAAAUGUCAACCACAAUCAUUUACUGUGCACUAGUACUGUAUUGUAUAAAUUAUAGAUUAUCCAUCUCUGCAACCCAACCUAUCUUUACAUGGGUUGUAUUCCCCCCCCACCACUUCUGAAUGGGCCUCAUGGUGUGUUUUGUCUGGUUGUAUAACUAUUUUUAAAACCGCAUAAUGGUCUACUGUGGGCCUGCUGUACUAUACCGUCUAUAUCAGGGGUCUCAAACUUACAGCCCACGGAACAUUUGUAGGCUGCAGGCUGACAUUUUGCAGCCUUUUUCGUGACAUCUAAGUUUAAUGUUGGUGGGCACCCUCCUUUUUGCCCCAUUGUUGACGUGAGUCUAACCCCCCCCCCCCCCCCCAGUCGCAAUCUUUAUUAAAACCUCCCUCAAAAAGGAAGGUUGGCAACGAGAAUAGCCGAUUUAAAGAAAAGCAGACAAAUGUUGAUUGUUGUUGUUGAGCACAGGGUCACCCUGACAUGUCUUGAAUGCACAGAGCUUAAGAAAUCAUGUGCUGAGUAAGCAAAGUACCAGGGUGAGAGAGAACCGUGCCACCUAUCUUGUUCACAUUCUGAAGAAUUGAUGUUCUGAAGUGUUUUUUGUUAUGAAGAUUGAGAAGAUUCGAUCUUGUACUUGUGAAUACUUGAACCCCUUUUUUGUUGGACACAUGUAGAAUAUAUCACCAGCAAUCAACGUGAAUUGAGUUUGAGAUGGUGUUGGUUCGUGAAUGAAUGAAUCGUUCUAGGGAAUUGAUUUUUUUUCCAGUGAACGAGAGUGAACUUCCUAAAGUGAUUCGUUCUUUUUUCAGUUCAUACCAGUAGGUGUCGGUAAUGUGCAUUGAAGCUGGUGCCAUCUCGCCGUAAAUCAAAACGAAGAAGAAACUGACUAACUUCCCGUCCGCGAACGAGUCGUGAAUUGCAAUUCCAGUUCAUCGUGAAAACGGAUCAGUGAGAGAAGGAAUCCUGACUUUCCUGUUUUAUUCCUUGUUUUUUUGUUUGCCAAUUAAAACAUAAAAAUCAAA